UGUGUCGAAUAGUAUAAGUUAUGCUGACAUUCAGAUUUUCAGUUUUUUUCACUCUUGUUUGUUCUGCCUACUCGCGUAAGGUGAGAAUUCAUAAUGGCACGGCAGCCGCCAAAGGAGAGUAUCCCUAUCAUGUUGAAUUGAGAGGUUCUAUUAACAAAAACCCAAUAUGUGGAGGUUCCAUAAUAAAUCAUUUUUACGUACUCACGGCUGGACAUUGUGUAGAAAAUAUAAUAUUGUUUCCACCAAACCUAUUUGAAGUGAUGGUUGGAGCAUCUCGACGUAAUGACUUGACUGUGCAUUUUUAUCCGGUUGCGAAGUUUAUUAUACACAACAAUUUUAUACACUACGUAGUACCUUUUGAGUACUGCAUAAAUGACGUUGCUUUAAUUCAUGUCGAUGGGCCAAUCAAAUUCACUCCUUUCAUUUCACCUGUUCAACUACCAACUCUAGGUUACUACGUAAAAAAAAAGAGCCAAGUUACCGCCACGGGUUGGGGUAGAUUAUCAGAAAAUCGUACUCUUCCUUCAUAUUAUUUACGCGCUGUUAAUUUAACAGUAGUGGACAAAAAAAUUUGCAAAGCAAGAUGGACGGACAUAGUUAUUAAUAUCGAUGAUCGUAUGGUUUGUGUAGCUGGAUCCGUGAAAGAGUAUGGACAAGCUCAAAUUGAUGCAGGGGUUUGCCACGGUGAUUCUGGUGGUCCCGUAGUCCAAAAAAAUAUAUUAAUUGGUAUUAUCAGCGCAGGCAAUUCUUGUUCAGAUUCGUUCCGCUAUCCACAUAUCCUAAUGAAUGUUUCUCAUUAUGUCCCGUGGAUAAAAAAGCACUCAAAAGUUUCGAUUUGGCAGAGGACGAAAGACUUUUUCAACAACUUAUUCUAUUCUCGACUAUAGAAAGUUUUGAAUUCAAUUAAAAUCCUGUAUCUUGAGUUAAAUAUAAUUGUUCCGAAAGGUGCGAUUACUCUA